AUGUCACAAGACGAAGAUGACAAGAGAUUGACGCUCAAGUCUAGGAAGACUGAGAGCUUGAUGUUCGUCAUUGGCUUGUUCCUGUUCCAGGUGUUCAUGAUUGUUCUGUUCGCCAUCUGGGUACGAUACGACACCAAUGCUCGUUACGGUGGAGGCUUUGACCAGGUUCAAGACGAGAUUGACCACACCUAUGGCUACUUCCGCGAUGUCAACAUUAUGAUCUUCUUUGGUUUCGGCUUCCUCAUGGUAUUCCUGCGUCGCUACGGAUACUCAGCCCUUGGCUACACCUUUAUCAUAUCGGCCAUGGUUGCCCAGUGGUCCGUUCUCCUCAUGGGCUUUGUAGAGUUCAUCCUCCACAACGAAUCAUUCCGUCAUGAAUUAUUCUAUUUCAACGUAGAGACAUUGUUGAAUGGAUUGUUCUGCGCUGGAGCUGUUAUGAUCACAUAUGGUGCACUGUUGGGCAAGGUCACACCACUGCAGAUGCUCAUCGUUGGCAUCUUGGAGCCAAUGUUCUACUUCUUGAACAUGUAUAUAAUGGAGAAGAUUAAGGCCUUUGACGUUGGCGGAGGUAUGACCAUCCACACAUUUGGCUGCUACUUUGGUCUGACGGUAUGCUGGUUCAUCACCAACAAGAAGGCAAAGACCAGUCCAGAGAAUGCCGCCUCAUACGUUGGCGACCUCUUUGCUAUGGCCGGUUCACUAUUCCUUUGGAUGAUGUGGCCAAGCUUCAACGCAGCGAUUGCACCACGUGGAGACCCUCAAUUGAGGGCCAUUGCCAACACAUUCCUGUCGCUCACUGGCUCCACCAUUGCCACAUUCAUCGUAUCGAGACUGUGCGGUCACUUUGGUCACAAGCUGGACAUGGUCCACGUCCAGAACAGCACAUUGGCAGGCGGUGUCGUACAGGGAGUCCUGGCACAUCUAAACAUCGGCCCAGCAUCAGCUAUCAGCAUGGGCUUCAUCGUGGGCACCAUCUCAGUUCUGGGCUACGUCUACCUGACGCCAUUCCUAGCCAAGAGAUUCAACCUACAAGACACAUGCGGUAUCAACAACCUGCAUGGCAUGCCAGGCUUCAUUGGCAGCAUUGCCGCAGUGAUUGCCGCUGCUCACGCCAUCAAUGACAGAAGUCUGUACAGUGACGUUGAGUUUAACAUUCUGUUCCCAGCCGGCGACGAGCAGGCCAAGAGGAACGCCGCGAUGACAUUUAUUGUGGUCGGUGUUGGCAUUGUCGGUGGACUGAUCACAGGCGCCAUCUUGAAGCUGGUCAGGAAGAUUGGCGGCUUGAGGAAGGAGGAGUACUUUAGUGAUCACGCCUUCUGGCACGUCGCCUCUGACUAUCCAUCGGGCUUUGGCUCUGGCGAUGACAGUGAGACUGGACCAUCCAGUCACAGUGUCGAGUUGGAAAGCAAGGAGCAUUAA